CUGAAAUGCAAGGGUGGAUGGCAAAUAAAUUGCAUCUUGUGAACUACCUCCAACUAAUUUCUGCUUGGAGCACUGUGUUUAAAAGGAUUCCUAGGCAACAUCUGGAGGGAUCCGGGAAAAAAGAAAACAAGAGAUGUAACGAAGGUAAGCGGAGAACCAGUAAAGUGUAGUGCUACAGUAGCCUAGGGUUUCAAGGACAGGAGAUUAUAAUAUCCAGUCAGGCAGAGCAGCAGUCAAACAACAUGAAGAAAAAUGUCCAUGAGACUUGGCAUGCAGGAGAUCACUGAUGUGCCUAUUGACAAGUUCAGUAAUGUUGUGAGGGAAGAAGUCAAUGGGCUAAAGCGGACACAGACAGCAGGUGUAAACCAGAGACAGAGCCAGUGUACCGGAUGGCUGAAGUCGAAUACUUAUGUAGCAAAUGGGGAUAGAGACAUCUGUCCCAUGGAUGUAUUGGCCUUCUCAGGACAAAUAUUCCAUCCCCUGAAAACCAUAGGAAAGGGGUAAAGAGGGAUACUCCUAUAGGUCAAUUUAUAGAAGAGAGCAAAACCUUAAAAUUCUCCAUGAAGUAGGAGCUAAGAACCUCUGUAUCAGGUGAAGAGACAAGAAGGUCAAGAUGGGGAAGGGGGAAGGAGAAGGUUUGCUAAAGAUGUUGAAGAGAAUGAGAGAACUAAACAGGGCUGGGCGAGCAAAAGGCAUCAGGCAAGGCUGAGUACUCAGAUGAGGUUGAAAAUACGUAAUAGUUACUUUAAAACAGGGUUAAUCUGUAUGACUAGGUGCUUUUUCUUUAGCCCUCAGAUACAGAAGUAGAACAACAGGCUGUGGAUUGGGCUGGCAUUUUGCCAGGAUACAGCAGGAAGACGGGGGCACAGGAAAGGCCCAAUGUUGGGAGUAUUUCCGUUAAUCUAUGAGAUGCAGGCUGGCUAGGGUAGCAAGGUAGGUUAUGAGAAGAAAAAUACAGACAAACUCGUGAGACUGCAGAGGCUUGGAAAGAGAACAUGUGUUGGGUGACAGUGAGAUGCAGAGGAUUUCUAAGGUGAUACACCUGUAGAGGAAAAGGUGGAGGUCCCAGCCUGGGGAAAAGGUGUCUAAUCUCCCCCUGGUGAUGACCACUGGCGUUAAAGGAAUCCAGAAGAGACGAGGCUUUUUCUGUUUGUGGAAGUUAUCUCCUUGUCCAAGUUUCUCUUCACCACUGAAAACCUCUGAAAGUUGUCAAUUUCAUUCAGGUAGAUUCAGAAGACCUAUCUGAUUCCAAAUGACAAAAUGCUUCUAGAGAAAAAGCACCUAUGUCUGGUCAGAUAAUGCAUGUAUGACUUCGGACAAAUCAUAGCAUUUCAGUGUUUGAGGUAAUCUAGUCUGUCUGUCCUCUUUAUUCCUUAACUCUCCAUCUGUACAGACAGAAACAAUGUAAUCAGCCACAUAUCUUGUAUAAAAUAAAUAUGAAGAGAGAGCCAAUUAUAAAGGCAGAAGUUCUUGGGGUGACGGGAAGAAUUUUAAAAUACAAAAUUAACUAGGUACUUCUUCAAGAAGAAAAAUAUCAGGGAGUACUGAAAGAGAACAAUUGCAGAAAGGAAGAGAAAUUAACGUGAACAGCAACCAAAAACCUUCUAAGAAUGUAUCAACAGUCCAGUGGAAAAGGAAUACCCACCCUGAUGACACCUUGAUCUUGGACCCAUGGCCUCCAGUACUGUGAGACAGUAACAUUCUGUUGUUAAAGGUGCCCAGUCUGUGGUACUGUAAAACAGCCCUAGGAAACUAACACAGCCUGUUAGCCCACAGAUGGUGGAGAGAUGGAAUGCUCAGUGGAGCUCCAGGCUUACUGUCUACAGCUCCCAAAGUGCGCUACGGGACCCUUGGGUGAGUGAGGUGUGCCAGAUAAUUUUGGGUGGUGCAGGGUGAAUAAUUUCAAUUGACAUAAAAAUGUGUUUAUCUUACUGGGUAAAUCAGGGGUCCCCACCUGUUAGGAACCAGGCUGCACAGCAGGAGGUGAGCAGCCAGCCAGGGAGCAAAGCUUCAUCUGUAGAAACAGCCGCUCCCCAUCCCUCACAUUACCGCACGAGCUCUGCCACCUGUCACAUGAGUGGUGCCGUUACAUUCUCAUAGAACCCAACUGUGAACUCAGCAUGCCAAGAAUCCAGAUUGCGUGCUCCUUAUGAGAACCUAAUGCCUGACGAUCUGUGACUAUCUCCCAUCACCUCCCGAUGGGACCAUGUAGUUGCAGGAAAACAAGCUCAGGGCUCCCACUGAUUCUAUAUUAUGGUCCGUGGAAGAGUUGUCUUCAAGAAAACUGCUCUCUGGUGCCAAAAAGUUUGGGGACCGCUGGUGAAAACGUUUCUAAGAAUAGUCAAGCAACUUAAGUUUUACAUGCUACGAAGUAUACAGGUUUAAGUGCUAAUAAAAAUAGGUGCAAACGAAAACACUCUUUCUGUGGUCCAGGGAAUCUUAACCAUUCUAUCGGAAAGACUUGCAGCUUGGAGCUGCAGCUGCCCUCCCACAUCCUGCCCACUGUAAAGCCCUGCAACACACACACACACACGCACACACACCACAUACAUACACAUGCAUAUACUUGCACACACACAUGCACACACAUAAAUACAUUCCCAUGUAUAUACCUGAACACACACAUAGAUACGUACACAUGCAUAUAAAUGCGCACACACACAGACACACACACACGCUGUGCUUCAUGCCCUCACUAGGGUGGCCUGGGAGGAAAUGCGUGUUUUUAGGAGAAAUGAAGACAACUGAGGCCCCCCAUUCUCCUGGUGUUUGCACAAGUGCCUUCUCUGCAGACCAUGCUUUAGUCUCUUUCUUGGUUCUCCCUGUUACUGAAAGAGAGAAGCAGAGGCCCGGCACAUGCUCAGCUGCUUAGGGCUCAAGCCAAGUUCGCAAGCUUCCUGGGGAGCCUAGUGAGAUGAAGGCACUGCAGACCCUUCCCAAAAGAGGCGUCGGCUUUUCAUGGAUCCUUGAGCCCAGGAAGGCGAUGGGUCAGACAUCACGCUUCAUCAGAAGACCCAAGCAAACUCCGGUGAGAAAGGGCAAUGGUCAAAGAUUUUAUUCUCUCGGAGAAGGGGUUCUCGGGCUGUAAGCAGCAGGCAGAAGACUUUAUUGCAUGCGUAGUUAGGUGAUGGUGACCUACGGUUUUCACUGGGGACUGGGAUCGAGAGUGACCCAACCUCCUACUCACGCUCGUCUCUCCCUGUCUCUCUCUUUGCCUUUUGUGUCUCUCUCCCUAUCUCUUGCUCCUUUUCCUCUCAACCUCCUCUGUCUCUUUCCUUAUCUCUCUUCCUCUCUCUCCCUCACUCCUUCUCCCCAUCUCUCUUUCUCUCUCCUUCUUUUCCACUUCUCUCUCCCUCCCCAUCUCUCUGCCUGCCACUGUUCAGGCUCCUGGGGCCCCACGUGGAUGGGUGGACACAGGACUCCUAGGCUACCUUUCACAGCGCAAGCAGAGGGCUGCAGGACCUUGGUCCCCACCUCCCAGCAUCCUCAAUAUGAGGGGUGUGGGGUGUGCCUGUGCUCUCCUGAGUGGGCACCCCACACUCCAGGAAAUAGAAACCGCAGGUCACAGCUGGCUCGAGUGCUGCCCACGGGGCUGCCAGCUUCCAUCGUGUGAUCUGCUGAGGCCAAAGCAGAGGACAGCAGCCCAGGCCCGACUCUGCAGCAGGGUGGGGGUAGGGGUGGGCUUGGGGGUGGGGAUGGGGAUGGGAGCCACCAAUGCAAACUGGCCCCUGGCUGGUUUCCUACCCUGCACCCUGCCAUGCAAGGCCUCCUCUCCCACCCCUACCCCGUCUGCCCCACCUCCACCCCUAGGCUGCCCCACACCCAGGCUCCAGAAGUCUCCCAGGAUCCAGGAACUAAGGGCAACCACUGGGUUCCACAGCCCCUAGUCCAUGGGUCAGCCACCCCUCUGCGUGCUGACAAACCUUGGCUCUCAUGCCCCACCCCAAGCCAACCACACAGCCCUGUCCCCGCACCAGCAUUAUUACCGCCUCCUGAUUUUGGCCCUGACAGCCCUGCUUCCUGGUAACCUUGCCCCCUCCCACCCUGCUCCAGGCAAGCCCACAGGCCAGCGCCCUCCACCCACCCUUCCUGGGGGCCACUCUACUAUCUCCUUGCCCAGAUGUCUUAACCUGGCUUUACCAAGCUAGAAUAAAUAACAGGGAUGAGGCCCCGGACUCCGCCAGGAAGAUGUGCCAAAAUACUCUCCAUUUAGAAGCGGGAACAGUAAUGGGGCCUAUGGAUGACCCCAGGAUUGUCACCCAAGCAGCAAGAAGAGCAAGGAGCCCGGUUUCCUGCUCUUACCCGGGGAGGACGUGGCCAGGGCUCCACAAGGCCUUGGAGAGGGGUGGGUAGGAGAGGAGAUCCACCCUCCUCUUGAGGAAGAAACCACCACCCCCAGGAAGCAGCAGAUGGGGGCACACAGGCAGAGUCCCUGCAUGCUGUAGAGCAGGGCCAGCAGAUCUGUACUCAGCCUCAGCCCCAGGGGAGCUGCAAGAUAGACUGAGACCCUCACAGGUUGGGCUCUGUGCCCCCACCCAAAUCUCAUCUGGAACUGUAAUCCUCCUGUGUCAAGGGAGGAACCUGGUGGGAGGGGAUGGGAUCUGGGGACAAUUUCCCCUCUGCUGCUCCCCUGAUAGUGAGGGAGUUCUCAGGAGAGCUAAUGGUUUGAAAGUGUGGCACUUCCCGGUUCUCCACUCACUCCCUCCUGCUGCCUUGUGGAGAAGGUGCCUGCUUCCCCUUCGCCUUCUGCCAUGACUGUAGGUUCCCUGAACUGGGAGUCAAUUAAACCUCUUUCCUUUAUAAAUUACCUAGUCUCAAGUAUUUCUUUAUAGCAGUGUGAAAACAAACUAGUAACCCUUCCCUGAGGCGCCUUCUCCUUAGGCAACCAGCUGUCUCCAUGCUCCUCCUCUGCCCCCUGUUCUUUCUUUUCCCCUCAUGAGGCCCAAGUGAUAAACAGGCCAGCCGCAGCCCCAGCCCCAGCCCCAGCCCCGUCCUACUGCAAGCCUGUGUGGCUGCUGGAGAGGCCAUGCUCCUUUCCUCUCCCUGAGCCUGCCUGAUACGCUUUCUGGAUCCUGGAGGAAACUGACCCACUAUUCUCAUACUGGUGCAACAUCACCAGUAUGAGUACCAGUCUUGGUACAGCUUCCAAGGCCUCAAAGCUGUACCAUUUGAGCCAGGCUUUUUUGUCUCCACUUGCUAGGGCUGUCAUUGGGACAGUCCUAGAGGGUGGUGCCAAUGGAUGAAUGGAUGGAUGGACAGCAGUCCAGGGAUGAUGUCCCUGUCUGUCCUGAACUCGGCCCUUCCUCCAAUGAGAAGCCUUCCUGAGUGAGUAUAUACAGUCAUCCCUUGGUAUGCAUGGAGGAUUAGUUCUAGGGUCCCCGGGAAUGCCAAAAUCCAUGGAUGCUCAAGUCUCUAAUAUAACAUGGCCUGGUAUUUACGUAUAAGCUAUGCACAUCCUCCCGUAGACAUUAGACCAUCUCUAGAUUAUUCAUGAUGUGUAAUACAAUGCAGAUGCCACAUGAAUGGUCAUGAUACUGUAUUCUUUAGGGAAUGAUGAAAAGAACAAAGUCUGCACAUGUUCCAUAGAAACAUAACCAUCCAAUUUAUUUUCUGAAUAUUUUCCAUCUGCUGUUGCUGAAUCCACAGAUGCAGAGCUCCUGGAUACGAGAGCCAAGUGUGCUUUGAGAGUAGGGUGGGUGAGGUUGCUAAUGAGUACAGGGGAGCAGGUGUUGAUUGGGAGGACCCUGCACUGGGGCAUCUGGACGUCCUUCCUCAGGACUUGAGACUCCAGUUGGAUGGCAAAGGCAGACUCAGCCCAGGUCAAAGCUGUCCCCUUGAAGUUUCAUUUUAUCCCAAGCUCUUUCUGGACCCUGGAAUUUGGCAUCCCCUAGACCCUGCGUGGAAAGACAGCUGAGCCAGGAUUUAGAUAACAUGUCUAGAACAGUGAGCCCCUAGUGUGUGCCCGGCACUUUCCCCACAGGAUCCUCUAGCUAGAAUAUCCAAGGGUCAUGGAGAGAAAUACCCAGUUAAAAUAUCAGAAAUGAAGUGAUACCAUUAGAGACACUAAAAAGAUCAUUAGGUAAUAGUAUUAGCUUUUGUAUUCUGAGAUCCAACAGCAGCAGUCACUUCCCUCCACCCCUAUGUGUAUCCCAGGACCACCCUGGACAGGGAGGGCCGAAGUUAGGGAACACCCAUGGAUGAUCUGGUGCUGGCCCUGGGCCUCGGGGGUGACAGUGAUGAGGAACUGGGUGCACACAUGAGUGGGGCAGCCGGGCCUGGCCAGAGAAGCAACACACACGUGUACAGACGUGUUUACCCACAUACACGUGUGCACGUACGUGCACAAACACAUCGCAGGCAGGCAUGUUGACGCCUCAGGCAGCGGAGGACCCUGACUAUGGGCCCUGCUGACCCGGGCAAGGCCCCAUUGUGAUGCGUGCCAUGACCUCAGAAUGUCACUGGUGCUUAGCACCUAUCCGCUCUCUGGCCUGCCUCAGUGUUCUACAGCAGUUACACACAGGCCGUGGUAUCUGUGAGCAGCUCUGUGGACUCAAAGGUUUUCUCCCUGAGAGGCAUAACCCAGGCCAGCUGAUUCAUCAGAAUCAGGAUGGACACGGUAGAGGACGCGGACAGUUGGUGGGCACAAGAGCGAGAGGACAUCAUUAUGAAAUACGAAAAGGGACACCGAGCUGGGCUGCCAGAGGACAAGGGGCCUGUGCCUAUUGGAAUCUACGGCAACAUUGAUCACUUUGGAAUUCUGCAUGAGACGGAGCUGCCUCCUCUGGCUGCACAGGAGGUGAAGAAUCGGCGGGAGAUGAGACGGACGAGCAAGUGGAGGAAAAUGCUGGGAGAAUGGGAGACGUAUAAGCACAGUACAAAAGUAAUGUGUGGGGGGAGAGGCCCCCGAAAGCACUCUCUGCAGAGACAGGGGACAGGCACCCAUGGCUGUGGCCUGGCACCAUCAGCCUCUCAGAGGCUCAUAGAUCGAGUGUACAAGGGAAUUCCCAUGAACAUCCGGGGCCCGGUGUGGUCAGUCCUCCUGAACAUUCAGGAAAUCAAGUUGAAAAACCCCAGAAAAUACAAGAUCAUGAAAGAGAAGGGCAAGAGGUCAUCUGAACACAUCCACCAGAUCGACCUGGACAUAAGCGGGACCUUAAGGAAGCAUAUCUUCUUCAGGGAUCGAUAUGGAGCCAAGCAGCGGGAACUAUUCUACAUCCUCCUGGCAUAUUCGCAGUAUAACCCGGAGGUGGGCUACUGCAGGGACCUCAGCCACAUCGCUGCAUUGUUCCUCCUUUACCUGCCUGAGGAGGAUGCAUUCUGGGCACUGGUGCAGCUGCUGGCCAAUGAGAGGCACUCUCUGCAAGGAUUUCAUAGCCCAAAUGGUGGGACAGUCCAGGGGCUCCAAGACCAACAGGAGCAUGUGGUACCCACAUCACAACCCAAGACCAUGUGGCAUCAGGACAAGGAAGGUCUACGUGGGCAGUGUUCCUCAUUAGGCUGCCUUAUCCGGACACUGAUUGAUGGGAUCUCUCUCGGGCUCACCCUGCGCCUGUGGGACGUCUAUUUGCUGGAAGGAGAACAGGUGUUGAUGCCGAUGACAAGCAUUGCCUUUAAGGUUCAGCAGAAGCGCCUCAUGAAGACGUCCAGGUGUGGCCUGUGGGCACGUUUUCGGAACCAGUUCGUUUACUCCUGGGCCAGGGAUGAUGACACCGUGCUCAAGCAUCUUAGGGCCUCUAUGAAGAAACUAACAAGAAAGCAGGGGGACCUGCCACCCCCAGCCAAACCCGAGCAAGGGUCCUCGGCAUCCAGGCCUGUGCCGGCUUCACGUGGUGGGAAGACCCUCUGCAAGGGGGACAGGCAGGCCCCUCCAGGCCCACCAGCCCGGUUCCAGCGGCCCAUUUGGUCAGCUUCCCCGCCAUGGGCACCUCGUUCUUCCACACCCUGUCCUGGUGGGGCUGUCCGGGAAGCCACCUACCCUGUGGGCACUCAGGGUGUGCCCAGCCUGGCCCUGGCUCAGGGAGGACCUCAGGGUUCCUGGAGAUUCCUGCAGUGGAACUCUAUGCCCCGCCUCCCAACGGACCUGGAUGUAGGGGGCCCUUGGUUCCCCCAUUAUGAUUUCGAACAGAGCUGCUGGGUCCGUGCCAUAUCCCAGGAGGACCAGCUGGCCACCUGCUGGCAGGCUGAACACCCUUCAGGGUUGAGAUUGGCUUUCACUGCACUGAGCCACAACGUGGGCAUGGACUUCCCGGCCCUGCAGUGCACCCAGCACUGAAUCCUACCAGGGCACCCCCUUCAGAGCUAGGGACGAGCAGCAGUGCACUCCCACCUCAGGGCCUUGCCUCUGCUGCCUCCACUUGGAAAGUUCUCAGUUCCCUCCAGGCUUCUAGAAGCAUCUGGGCCAGGGCUCGUGGCUGGAUAAUUUCCCAAGGCUUAACAACCCAAGCAAGCUUCCCAUCCUCGUUUUAUUUUUUGUUAAACUUAUGAAAAUUUAUUAAGAAAGUGUGCAGCUCGAGAGACAUUCAGAAAUGGAACACACCAGCCCCAAGAUCACAAAGCCAACCAUGCCUAGCCCCUCCCAGCACCCCCAGCCCCACGACCAGCGUUCUGAAUUCUGAUGACACCAUGAGCCUGCCUUUGUACUUUAAACUCAUGGAAGGAUAACCACCUUCACGUUUUAAAAUAAAUGUUUCCUGUUGAAUGAUUUUA